AUGAAGAAAGAUAAAAAAUCAAAUCCUAAUGUGAAGACUAAAACCACGGGCAACGUCGCCGUGAAUGGUGGUGAGAAUGGUUUGACGCAUAAGCAAAGCCCUGCCAACAGGCUGGAUUUAAUAAAAACCAUCAAUGACGAUGAGGAAGUGGAAGAUUUCUCCGAGGAGUCGGAAGCGGAGGUUGAUUAUCAACCGACCAAGCAGAAAAAUCAAAAGCUGAGCGAUUUCGAUGGAAGCUUCCAGUUUGUUUCCUCGGUGAAGGAAUACAACCACGAUACGUGGGACGAUUUGAUGCGAUUUGUCAAACGGAAGAACCGUGGUGAGGUAAAUGACAAGAUUGCGAACGUAAUACGAGAUCGCACGCAGGAAAAUGCCGAUGCCCUGAAGGAUGAUAUCGACGAUGAUACCGCAGCACCGCAAAAUGAAGAGGUGGAUCUGUCGGAUGACGAACUGAAGCACGAUUAUAUGCGUGUGAAGGAACGUAAGGGCAAAAAACCGGCCACCAAUAACGGUGGACCCACCGUGGAGGUAAAGGAAGACACGGAGGAGGGCACGAAGGAUUACUUCGAAGAGCUGGAGGAGAAUGCAAACGGACAGAUACAAUCUUUCUACCAAAUGGAUCUCUCCCGUCCGCUCAUGAAAGCGAUCGGUGCGCUGGGGUACAUCUACCCGACACCAAUCCAGGCAUCCACCAUACCGAUCGCACUGAUGGGACGAGACAUUUGUGGUUGUGCCGCCACCGGUACGGGUAAAACGGCCGCUUAUAUGCUGCCCACGCUCGAACGUCUGCUGUACAAACCGAACGUGUCGCAGGCUGUCACGCGGGUUCUGGUGUUGGUGCCGACACGUGAACUGGGCGCACAGGUGUACCAAGUGGCCAAACAACUCACACAGUUCACCAACGUGGACGUCGGUAUCGCAAUUGGUGGGUUGGACGUGAAAGCGCAGGAAGCGGUACUGCGCAAGAACCCGGACAUUGUGAUUGCCACGCCGGGUCGCUUGAUUGAUCACAUUAAAAAUACACCAAGCUUUUCGCUGGAUUCCAUUGAAAUCCUGAUUCUCGAUGAAGCCGAUCGUAUGCUGGAUGAGUAUUUCGCCGAGCAGAUGAAGGAAAUUAUUCGCAGCUGUUGCGCCACUCGUCAGACCAUGCUGUUCUCCGCCACGAUGACGGAGGAGGUGAAAGAUUUGGCGGCCGUGUCACUGAAAAAGCCGGUGAAAAUUUUCGUCAACAAUAAUCAGACGGUCGCCUUCAAUUUGCGCCAGGAGUUUAUUCGUAUCCGCGAGGGCCGUGAAGCUGAUCGGGAAGCGUUGCUGGCCGCGCUAGUUUGCCGUACCUUCCACGAUCACUGUAUGGUGUUUGUGCAGACGAAGCGUACGGCUCACCGUUUGCGGAUUCUGCUCGGUUUGCUUGGUGUGAAGACGGGCGAACUGCACGGUGAUCUAACCCAGGCCCAGCGGCUCGACUCAUUGAAGCAGUUUAAAGACGAGCAGAUCGAUAUCCUCGUGGCGACGGACGUGGCAGCUCGCGGGUUGGACAUUAGCAGUGUAAAAACGGUCAUCAAUUUCGUUAUGCCUGCAACGAUGGAACAUUAUAUUCAUCGAGUCGGUCGUACGGCACGUGCCGGGAAGGCCGGUGUGUCGGUGUCGCUGGCUGGCGAGCAGGAGCGCAAAAUUGUGAAGGAAAUUGUGAAAAAUGCUGUCAGCUCGGUAAAGAAUCGUAUCAUUCCGCUGGACAUUAUCGAGAAGUAUCGGAAGAAGGUGGCGGCACUUGAGCCGGAAAUUAAUCAUGUGCUGGCGGAGGAACGUGCGGAAAAGCUGUUGCGGCAGACUGAGCAGCAGCUUACCAGUGCCGAGCGGAAGCUGAAGGGUCAACCGUCACUGAAAACGGACGGUGUGCCGAGGGAAUGGUUCCAAACGUUGCACGAGCGACGCGAAGAAAAGACACGACUGGCCGGUGAGGAGGCGACUGAGAAAAAGAAACCGAAAAAGCGCAAGCGCCAAGGUGACGAUGACGAUGACUUUGAUCCUGUCCGGUACCAUCAGGAAAAGAUGAAAAAACAGAAUUCUAACGAGGCUGUGGCGAAGAAGAAAUCAAAACCGGAAGCGGAUGCUAAUGCGGAUGCAAACAAAACACCGAAACAGUUGGCAAAGGAGCGGGCACUGGACGAGCUACGGAAGGUAUCGAUGGUGCAGGCCAAGCUGGCCAAGAUGCGCAAUCGACCCUCCCGUGUCAAUGCUACCGAGGAGCUAAAUAUCAAUGGAAAAUCGCCCGGACAGGGUGUCAAAAAGAAUCGAAAGAAGCAAAAGAAUUUAACUCGCUUCGAGCGUGACCUGACCGAUGUGGGUACCAAGAACGUUAAGAAGCUGCGUUACGACGCGUCCAAAAAACAGCGCAUGGAUAAAGUAGAUAAACGCAAACAGAACGGUAAGAUGAGCUCGGAAAAGCUGCGCAAUAAGCAUGGUUUAAAUAAACAGAAUAAGGGCAAAACGUUCGGUCAGAAGGCACCGAAGGGUAAACCCUCUGGUGGCAAAGGGAUGGGACAAGGCGGUGGUAAGGGAGGCAAAAAGCGAAAGUAA